UUCGAGUGCACUUUGCGCAAGGCAGCAAUCAUAUUGUAAAGAAGCUGGUAACAAGAAAGUAGAAAUAAAGAAGCAGGUUCGGCAAUAUUUUGAACAAACAAAUCCUCUCAUUUGUGAUCUGUUUAGACGAAAAACAACUAAGGCCUGAUCGACCUCAAAAUGAGAGCUUUAAGGCCGGUAAGUAUGUAGUAUAUCUUCAUUGGAUAAGCUGAUAUAUCUUAUAUAUAUAUUUCAUUUCUGGAGACCUGUCAAUAUUAUUGUCAAUACCUAUAGACCAAGAAGAAUAGAUGGCCACGUAGACGACUGCUAUUUACUCAUAAUAUUCAUUCCUGCUCUCUUUUUUGUUCGAUUUCACAGAUGCCAGCAGCGCUGAGACAGCUGUCGGCUGAGGCGGCGGCGAAAACCCAGCCAAGGCAGGUGAAGGUGCCGAGCCAGCAGCUAGACCUGGGUUAGGCCCCGCGCCGUCGGCCCUACGGAGGCCGCCGCCCGCGGGCCCCGCGAGCUUCCGGAACCGCAGCCAAGAAAUUCGGCGGCGGCGAGAAAGGUGCCCGGAAUCACGCCUCAGAGCAGCAGCAGCGCGGCGCAGCCGCCAGUUGGCGCAGCCCAGUCACCGUCGUCCAGCAUGUCCCUGGUCAUGGUGACGCCUGCCGUGGACGACGACUUCCUGCCGGCCUCCAACAACAACGCCGCCGGCACGAACAACAACAACAACCACCACACGGCGCCGACGCAGCCACCGCAGCCGCCCGAGGCUCCCAGCUGGCCGUACCCUCAGCUGCAGUACCAGGCGUCCGGGUCGUCCGGCAAGCCCGCGCUGGUGCUGGGACGGAUGCACUCGGAGCCGGAGCGGUCGCUGCCUCUGGUCGAGUUCAAGACGCUCGAACCUCCCGCGCCGCCCAACUACCGGUCGUGCCCGGAGAUCGGGCCGCAAAUCCAGGUGGUGCAGUUCACCGGACCGGGAGUCAGCGAGGAGGACGAGUGCUGCCCUGGCUACGACGUCGACGGUGGAGGCGAGGACGGCGGGUUUCGACGCUCGUCCGCAUGGGGCGCCCCGGGUGGGGCGCCCCCUGCGGGACGCGCGGCGUGCGAGCCAGCGGCGGCGCCCUCGCAGCAGCGCCCCCACCUAUGGACCCCGCACACGCGGCUGGGUCUGAGCGCGCGGCUGGAGCACUCGUUCCUCACGCGCACGGUGUCCCGCGAGAGCGUGCGCUGCAGCGCGACAGACGCGGGCCUGCUGCCGGCGUCGUCGUCGCAGCAGCCGUCGUCGCACCAGGCGGCGGGCGCGCCGCUCACCACGUCGCUGCGCCAGCUGCACCGGGACAACGAGAUCGCCGAGAUCGCGGCCGACUCAAUGCGCAUCAAUGGGGCGCUGCGCCACUUCAAACACCUGCGCAAGCCCACCUCGACGCUCUCCAUUCCGGCGGCCAUGAAGGCGCAGCAGCAUUCGACCGAGAGCGACGGCGCGGGCAUCGCCCUCGUGGGCGUGCACACGGACGCCGGAGUCGGCGGUGGGGGCGACGGCGACCUGCGGCGCUUCCUCAAGGGCGCCUCGGGCUCGCUGUCCGGCAGCGGCGCGCCGGGGGCAGCGUCGGGAGGUUUCGGCCCCGGUGGCCGCUUCCACAAACCCUCGGUGGGCUACCGGCUGGGCCGGCGCAAGGCGCUCUUCGAGAAGCGCAAGCGCAUCAGCGACUACGCCCUGGUCAUGGCCCUCUUCGGAAUCGUAAUGAUGGUCGUCGAGAACGAGCUCUCCGCCGCGCACGUCUACGAAAAGAGCUCGGUGUACUCGAUGUCGGUCAAAACGCUCAUCACCGUGUCCACUAUCAUGCUGCUCGGUCUCAUAGUAGCCUACCAUGCCUUAGAAGUUCAGCUGUUCAUGAUCGACAACUGCGCGGACGACUGGCGCAUCGCCAUGACGCCCCGCCGGGUGGCGCAGAUCCUGGCCGAGCUUUGCGUGUGCGCCGUGCACCCGGUGCCGGGCGACCAGCGCUUCACGUGGACCACCAAGCUGGCCAACCACGGGAACCGCGUGCGGUCGCGCGACGUUCCCGUGGACGUGACGCUGUCGCUGCCCAUGUUCCUGCGGCUGUACCUCAUCUGCCGCGUCAUGCUUCUCCACUCGAAGCUGUUCACCGACGCCUCGUCGCGCUCCAUCGGGGCGCUCAACCGCAUCAACUUCAACACGCGCUUCGUGCUCAAGACCCUGAUGACCAUCUGCCCCGGCACGGUGCUCCUCGUCUUCAUGGUCUCCCUCUGGAUCAUCGCCUCCUGGACGCUCAGGCUAUGCGAAAGGUACCACGACGAGGAGCAUGCAAACUUGCUGAACACCAUGUGGUUGACGGCAAUCACGUUUCUCUCCGUGGGCUACGGAGACAUCGUGCCCAACACGUACUGUGGCAGGGGCAUCGCGGUCACCACGGGACUCAUGGGGGCCGGUUGUACAGCCCUGGUUGUUGCUGUGAUAGCGCGCAAGCUGGAGCUCACCCGAGCCGAAAAGCACGUGCACAAUUUUAUGAUGGACACUCAACUGACGAAAAGGUUGAAAAACGCUGCGGCCAACGUCCUACGAGAGACGUGGCUUAUCUACAAAAACACUAGGCUUGUGAAACGUGUGAACCCUUCGAAAGUGAGAGCGCACCAGCGCAAAUUCCUCCUCGCAAUCUACAGUCUCAGAAAGGUUAAAAUGGACCAAAGGAAGCUUAUGGACAACGCAAACACAAUUACAGAUAUGGCAAAGACCCAGAAUUCGGUGUACGAGAUAGUGUCGGACAUGAACGCGCGCCAGGAGUUGUUCGACGAACGGCUGGCGACGCUCGAAGAGCGACUCGCCGCUAUCCACGAGCAGCUCGAGGCGCUGCCGGAGGCCGUGGCGCGCUCGUGCGGCGCGUACUACGUUGCCGCGCCGCAGCCACCGGCGUCGAGCCAGUCCUACCCACCGGGCUCGAUGCCGCAGCCGGAGUGCGGCGCCGCAGUGCUGGGGCCGCAGCAACAGCCGCUGCAAGCGCCACCGCUGCAACAGCAGCCGCUGCUGAACCAGCCCCGCCACACGCAUCUGCACCCGGACGACGCGGCGUCGCUGAGCAGCCGGCCGAGCUGGUCCACCGUCAACCUGUCCGCAGGCGGCGGAACGGGAGGAGCUGGCGGCAGGCUGGGAGUCCUGCAGCCGCCCAUGGUGGCGCGCUCGGGCUCCACCGAGAACUGACACGACGAAGGGCAGUGGAGCCCGCCGCCUGCCUGGCGGCGACAGGAGCCCAGCAACGCGGAUCAAGACGACCAGUCGCCUCUGUUGUCGUCGCCGUCGCCGCCACCGCCUACGCCGCAUCAGCAGCCGCAGCAGCAACCGUCGCUUCCACCGACAGCCGUCGGCCCCGCCGAAGACCCGUCCUCAGCCGCACUACGCUGUUCCGCGCGUCGUUGCCACGAUUGGGGCGGCGGCGCGCGACGCUGGCCGGUUUGAGAUAGGCUUCCGGUUCGGCUUGUUCUGUCCCCCUGCGUGACUCCGAGCGAUCCUUUUACUCUUUCUUUAGCGCCGAAACCACUACUGUAAUAGCUAACGCUUUACCUGUUCACACUGGGCUGCGCGGGACAACUUCUCUUGGGAACUGCGCGCAUACAGUUAUUUGGUUGAUUUGGUUGCGUACCGUGUAUGUCGUACGGUAUAAGCCAUGAAGCCUUUACGGCAAGAAAAAUGCGUACGUAUUUGUACAUCUAGUGUUGCGGUGCAACAGACCGUGUCUUCAGAAUUCAGUGAGUAGCUUUGUACGCCUGACCAGCCGAAAGAGGUACACCGCUGUUACAGCACUCGACAACAUCCCUCAACGGAUGCGUUAUAAAAGAAACCUCCCUAGUGAGCAUGACAAUGCCCAAAGUUUACUAUAACGAUGUCUUCCAGAAUUUGUUGGUCAACUAAAGAGACGUACUUCAAGAGCUUCCGCAUGUUCCGAGACGACUGUAAAAAAGCGCUUCCCUUCGCUACGUCGUAAGCGUAGCUGACGGAAACUUAAAAAAGGAAAUGCGUACACAUCGUCUCCUGCGUGACAUGUCGAAUGACUCGAAGGGCGGUAACGAAAAUUAGCAUUUGUGCCUCAGUCUUUAUCAACCGCACGUAGGGGGAAACUAGAUGGUUACAGUCGACAUUUGAAGUUGAUUUUUUUUUUCAGAACUGAAGCAGUUACUUUAACUGCUGAAAUUUGAGUCGAUGAGAUGAGGGCCUUCCUGGCGGUAAGACGUCCUAUACCGUGUCCGUUUUUGCUUCGCACAAUUACAAACAGCGAGAUUUCAUAUGCAGAUGACAUAUUCCACACGUAAAGUAUGGCUCGGUUGCUGAACGUUUACUGAGAUCCAUCACAGUGUACACGACGUUUCGUUUCCUGGAAGAGAGACUAAAUGCAUGUUUUUACCUUAAACUACCAUAAGAGUACCCACCGCAGCAGCCGCCUACCUGUCAGAAAGGAAGCCUCAUUUCCGAAUUUGCCUUUGCGGCUUCAUUCAGCUCUCCACCUAGAGGAGGACUGGGACGGCUUUUCGACUGAUGCACUUUCGGUACUCCUCUAAACGUCUCACGUGAUUUGGGAGCUAUAGUUUCGGAAUCGAAGCUUUCAACUUGCGCUGCAUAAGCAAUGAAAAGAAAAAAAAAGUCAGAGAGUUGAGUGCACCAAGCUACUAACCAUUACGUAACUCGCCGAGCAACGUCCUUCGAAUCGCAUUACCGAUUCUGUAAAAUCCACUCGAGUCGAUUCAAUGAUCGUUGCAAAUAUACGGCACUCGGAGAUGCCCGCGCGGCCCAGUGACACCCAGCGCCGUUUUUACAUAUAGUAUCCACGCUUGCUCGCGCUGCCUUAGUGCAAUCUUCGACGGUGCCUUGCGACAACUGUCCUUCCUGCUUUUCCUGCUGCUGCUGCUGCGCUGCGCAAAAGAAAAGAAAAAAGAAAGAACUCGGCGCGUCCAUAUGUGUUGUGCGCGUAUCUCGAAGUCGUGCCGCUGCUGUGCCACCUGGGACGAAACAUUUUCUCGACGUGGCCUCGGCAGCCAGUGUGAGUCGUGUCACGGUACUGACACUGUGUCGUCAACUAACCGUGACAUCGUCGUCAACCGUGACAUCGAACCAACUCGUUUACACAAAAGAGUCUUCGAGUGUCUUUGUUCGUGACGUAACCGGGCGAUAGACCUGUAACAUGUAUGGCUCUUCCUUCGUCGUCUAUGUAUAAUAAGCGAAGGUGAAGCACUUAACACAUUGAAUCAAAGAAAGAAAUUGUGAAUGUGUA